CACAUCGAUUGCGUCGACCACAGCAUGGUUUUGGGGCGGCAUUUUUCACCAGAAGGCUGUCGCUUGGGCCGCAGCGAGAUUAGUGGGUGGGUAUUCAUGAUACCCCUCCGCGCGCCCACCGGGAUGAGUCGGUGGGUGUUCAUGACUCAUGAAACCCCUCUGCGUGCCUUCGAGGAACCCACUGCGGGGCAAAGUCAGCUCAUUUUCGUUCUUCUGUCAUGGCCAAAUUCCUCGCCCUCGUUGCCCUCGCCGCGUCCGCCGCCGCCAAAUCCGAAAUCUUCAACGGCACGGAAGCCCCCAUCGGCAAGUUCACGUACGUGUCGAGCAUCCGCAUUGACGAAACCAGUCCGGCUAUCUGCACCGCGUCCUUGAUUGCCCCCAAGCUGCUCCUCACCGCUGCCUUAUGCGCCUACAAGUGGGUGCACUACGCUUCGAUCGGGUCGCACUACACGAGCGGCAGCAAGGACGGCGAGCGCAUCAAGAUUGUCAAGAAAACUGUGCACCCCAAGUACAAUGGUGCCCGGGGGGAAUUCAACAUUGCCAUCUUUGAAUUAGAAAACGAAUCCAAAUUCGCCCCCGUUGCGCUGAACUGGGUCGAAGACGCCGCGACCGCCCCCGGCACCAUGGCGUGGGUGCGUGGCUUCGGCGCGACCCGACCAUGGGGACAGAACCAAUCUACCGUCUUCUUGGAAGCCAGCGUCAGAAUAUGGUCCAACAAUGACUGCGACGACAAAUUUUCUUUUGACAUCCUCCCGUCCCACGUGUGCGCUGGUGGUGAUGGAAAGAGCGUAACAUUAUUCGACACUGGCGCACCGUUGACCGUCACCCGCAACGGUGUUGAGUACGUCACCGGUGUGGUGGUCAGGGAAAGCAUCACUUUUGAGGAAUACGAGUACCCCGGUGUGUACAUGCGCACAUCGGCCUUCCGCGACUUCAUCGAAUCGUUCUUGCCGGUCACCCCCACUACUACCAAGCCUGCUUGCUAAGCAGCAUGUGGUGUCAUACAACUCAGUUGUCAUUGUCAACGAGAUGUCUGUAAAGCUCUUGUUAAUCUUCUUGGCUGCUUCCUCCUUGGAGAUCAAGGCGGACGCGAUCAAAAAACGUUUCAUCGGUGUCAGUCCACCGCGGCCCAGCUUUCGCAUGCGUCAUCCAAGUCCGAGCUGAUCGCACAAGUUUCACUC